AUGCGGGUCUCUAUACGGGUAUUGUUUAUUCUACUAACUUCUAUUAUUACUGUAUUCGGCGAAGAAGAGGCGAAGGAGGAAACAACAUCAAAAGACGGAUCAAAGGAUGAGGGAGAUCUUUCAAAGAGCGACAACUCAACAGUCGUGCUACCACGCUGUAAGCACAUCAAUCCAUACAAAGAACUGACGUCCUGGAUGGAAUACACUAUGGAAGGCUGCAAUCAUACAUCGGCACAGGAAGAACUAAGCGAUGAGGACAGAACCUACUAUCAAUUCGGAUUCAAAAGUUUUGCUUUUGAUGUGAUGGCAAGCGAUCGAUUGGGAAUGAGGAGAGAUCUUGGCCAUCAAUGUCAUGAGCUAUGCCACAAUACUACGUUCAACGCUGAAUACACUACAUCCGUCGUCAUCAUACAUCACAACGAGGCUCUAUCCGUUCUUCUACGAAUGCUCACAGGUAUACGUAAAUCGAUAUAUAGACUGGUUUCCGCGAAGUGCUGA